AGUAGGGUAGGUCGCUAAUGCACGAACUGAUCGUUCGGAAUAACGUUAUCAACAACGGCGAGAAUCUUCAUUUGAGCAGCUACAUGACACACAGUUAUGGAUAUAAGUGUCUAAGUGCCAUUUUCACUAAUAUUUCAUAGAUCGUAUCAUGAAUCUCCAAAUAACGUGUCAUUAAGUCUGUGGCAGUGUAGGGUAGGCCUACCUUGAGAUUGCUAAACUGAACAUGUUAAAGAUGUCAAAAUUAUGUGUUAUCCACAGUAUUCUUAGUUGGAUAUACAUUGUAUGUGCUCAGAACAACAAUGUUGCUCCCCGAGCCAGCGACCCAUACAUCGACACGCUCAACAAGACACUGCUACUCAACAAGGGAGAUAACUACACUCUAGUGUGCACUGCAUGGAAGAUGAUACAGUGGGACAUCACUGCCCCGGGGGCGGGGAGUUUUCCCGAGCCCCCUGACCACAGUGUCGUGAUAGAGGACAUGCCACUAUCCGAAGACUCGCAGAUUUAUAAGAAAAGACUGAACAUCACCAACGCUCAGUUUUACGACACUGGACGGUAUUCCUGUUACAGUAUCGACCAGCGAACAUCCAAUAACUCCGUUUAUAUAUAUGUUCAAGAUCCAGACAACCUGUUCGUUCCGACGGGCCGGGAGCCGUACCCAAUCCUGGUGUUGGUUCGUCAGGCCCAGCGCACCGUGAUCCCGUGUCUCGUCACCGACCCGGACCUCAAGGUGCAGCUCAUGAAGGUGCAGGGCAGCCAGGCGGUCAGCGACAUGGACGGGGUGCAUUACGAGCCCCAGGUUGGCUUCAUACUCGAAUACCCCAACUACUUCUUUGGGGGCACGUUCAACUGCGUGGCGGAGAAUGAAAACAUUACCGAGGAAGUAUUGAUUUAUCUGCAAUAUAUGCCGACUGCUAUUCUACCAUACGUUGACUUGACGUCCACGGCCUAUUCUGUAAUGUUGGGGGAUGACCUGACUUUGACGUGUAAAGUUCGGAUCGACAAGGACCUAGUGCUGUUUAUGAAGUGGAGCUAUAAAUUCAAAGAUUCUGCCAAGAAUCACUAUCUGAGCAAAGUGGAGAGAAUUCCAGUGAAGGGUUCCUACUACGUGUAUGAUAUUUUGUCCCAGCGUCUUCACAUCCGAUCUGCAACCUUGGAAGACGCCGGUGUGUACCGAUGUAUUAUCGAAUCUCACAGUGGACAGUCGAAAUAUGCAGAACAAACUAUCUACGUUUAUUCAAAGACUUUUGUACAUCUGAAUCCAUCAUCCCCAACAGUGGUUGCUAUUGAAGGACAAAACCUCGCCUUCCUCAGGGUGUCCAUGAACGCUUUUCCAACUCCAACUAUAGAGUGGUAUUUUCGAGAUGAGAAGCUAACACCAGGCCCCGAUUACGUUUUUGAGCAGGUGGAGCAUGACGUGGCUCUCAACAUAAUUCUGCCGAAGACCUAUCACAGUGGAAACUACACGGUUAAGGCCUACACCAGAGAUAUGAACUCCUCUGUCUCCAUCGAACUUCAAGUUAUGGGCAGUCCAACAGUAACUGUGAUGGCGUACCCCUUCUAUCAGUUCUUCGAGGUCGACAAGAUGUACAGUCUGACUUGUUCUGCUGGGGGCUGGCCCGCCUCCACCCUGUCCUGGCUGUUCAAGCCGUUCUCCUCCGUCAACUGUAGCACCGACUGCUGGCAGAACAUCACUCACACGGAGAAGACGUUCAAGAGUGAACUCACUGUCACCGCCACCACAUCCGGAACUUACAACUGUACGGCAACGAACCCAUACGGAACCGAUUAUGACGAGCUGCCAUUUAUUGUGAUCGAUUUGGAUGCGACAAUCUACAAGAAUGGACUGGGGAUCCUGCCCAGUGCGUACGACAUUGUCAAGGGAGACCGACUCAUUCUGGAGUGUCGUGCCAGUCUGUGGAAGUACAAAUCGUUACAGCUGACCGGGUCGGGGCACACCACGGUUGGUUCGGUCAUCGUCACCGAUGACGAGACCACCAUGGGCACGCCCACGCCUCCCACAUACAACACAACCGACCAGGGCAACCGGUCCAUCGUCAUCGGCAACAUCGUCACGCAGGCAGCCAGCAGGAUUCAAGUCGUGUUCGAAAGGACGCAGUAUUCUUUAGUGGCGAAGAUGAUAAUUAAUAACUUGAAGAACGAGGAUGUUGGUUCCUAUGCAUGUAACGCCACUGACGAGUUAGGUGAAUGGGAGGUGGUCACGUACGACCUCUCACUACAAGAUAUAAUUCCACCAUUUAUUUCUGAGCAAACGUCGGGUCGUAUUCGUGUAGCGGAGCUGGCAUCACUGUCGCUGGAGUGUGUGGUGGGAGGUCACCCGGACCCAGCUCUAUCCUGGUACAAAGACUCGGUCCUCGUACAGGAAAACAACACACUCAACAUCAGUUUCUCUGUCGAUCACUCACGAUUAGUCAUCGAGGAAGCUCAGAUAGUGCAUGCUGGGAACUACGUGUGUGAGGCUAUUAAUUAUGGAGGAAGAGUACAAAGUACAAACAUGACACUGCUUGUUGGAGAUGAACCAGCGGCUGCCGGACUGACCCCAACACACAUCGGCAUCAUCGUGGCCAUCUUGUUUAUCCUGAUCAUCGUCCUUAUCAUUGUCAUUAUUAAAGUUCGCAACUACAGGCUGGGAUACCACAAGGAGCUGGAGCAGUAUCUGAUGCAGCCCAAGGGAGACUACAACCCCGACCUGCCCAUCGACGAACAGACCACGUGCAUCUCGUACGACCCCAAGUGGGAGUUCCCCAAAGACAGACUCAGACUUGGAAUGAUUCUGGGACAGGGGGCGUUUGGCCGAGUGAUGAGGGCGGAGUGUAUUGGUAUCGUCGAUGGUGUUGAUGUCACCACAGUUGCUGUCAAAAUGGUUAAAGACUGUACAGACAAGGAACAAAUGAUGGCUCUGUACUCAGAAUUGAUGAUUCUCAUCCACAUAGGCCAACAUCUCAACAUUGUCAACCUGCUAGGUGCCGUCACCAAGAACAUUCGCUUUGGAGAGUUGUAUGUGAUAGUCGAGUACUGUCAUUUUGGCAACCUGCGCCAGUACAUGUUGAAACACAAGGACCACUUCAAGGACACGAUGGAUGACUAUGUGGACCCAGCGGCCGAGAAACAGCGGGAAGCCCAGAGGGAUAAAGCCAAGCCAUACUAUGUGAACAAGGCCACCCCCGGGACCAGCGCGGACCUCAUUGGACCGCCACUCACCACCAAGAAUCUCAUCUGCUGGGGUUUCCAGGUGGCGCGAGGCAUGGAAUACCUAGCUGCUAAAAAGUACAUCCAUCGUGACCUGGCCGCGAGGAAUGUGCUGCUGGCGGAGGACAACGUGGUGAAGAUCUGCGACUUCGGCUUGUCCAAGGACUGCUAUAAAGAUGCAGAGUACAAGAAAAAAGGCGAUGGUCCAGUUCCUGUCAAGUGGAUGGCACUGGAGUCGUUUACUCACCGGGUUUAUACAACCAAGAGUGACGUGUGGGCAUUUGGUGUCUUCUUAUGGGAGUUAUUUUCACUUGGUGGAAAUCCUUACCCUGGAGUGGAGAUAAAUGAGAAGUUUAUCGGAUUGCUCAAGUCAGGCUAUCGUAUGGAGAAGCCGGAAUAUGCGACAGAUGAAAUAUUUAAACAGAUCAGACAGUGUUGGGCAGCAGAUCCAGAGGAACGGCCGACUUUCUCUGAGUUGGUGACCAUCUUGGGUGACUUCCUGGAAGCAAACGUCAAACAGUAUUACCUUGACCUGAGUUCCCCAUACAUGAAGAUGGAGGAGCAGUUGAAGAUUGAAGACCAGUCCGAGCCAUCUACGUCUGGGACACAGAACGACGGUUACCUCAAGAUGUCGGGAUCCCCGGACUACACCCCGAUGUCCCCGACCCUUGCCGAGCCUGAGACCGUCAGUCUGUCAGACGGCAGCGAGCAGGGUGAUGCGAACCACUACAUAAACCAGCGCAUGUGGCGCAAGGAGAAAGCCAACGACGUUGAGAUGCAGCCGCUCUACAAGAAGUCGAGUACGGGGACCAAGAAUUCGCCGGCUUCCCGGGCGGGGUCCACGACAAACCAGCUGCCAGCCGAGGACCGGGUGCGAGCCGAAGUUCACCAGCAGGACGAUAACGACAGCGGCCAUUCGAGCAGCUACGCCCCGGGUACCUCCCCCAUGGAGAACAACGGCUACCUGGUGCCCAAGGCUGUGGACGUGUUGAUGGGUGGUGGCGAGACUGAUCCACUGUUCAGCGAGAAGGACAAGGGUAGUGACUCAGGGAAUUGUGUGUCGGGAGCAGGGUUCCCGCCCGACUAUCGGUACAGUGACUUGUCUCCCCCUGAUUACAGGGCUGUCAUGGAGGACGCGGCUCAUCAUGACUUGCCGCCAGUCUGAUUGGUUGUCGGUAUAAUUUGCCAUCAAUUUUGAUUUGGUCGCCAUCAUAAUAUAUCGUCAGUUUGAUUGGUUGUCAUCGUAACAUACCAUCAAUUUGAUUGGCUGUCAUAAUACUUUGUCAGCAGUUUGAUUGGUUGUCAGCAUAACUUACAAUCAAUUUUGAUUGGUUGCCAUCAUAACAUACCAUCAGUUUGAUUGGCUGUCAUAAUAUUUUGUCACUAGUUUGAUUGGUUGUUAGCAUAACUUACCAUCAAUUUUGAUUGGUUGCCAUCAUAAAUAUACCGUCAGUUUGAUUGGCUGUCAUCGUAACAUACAUUGGCUGUCAUAAUGAAUUUAAAACCAGUUUGAUUGGUUGUCAUCCUGACUUAUCAUCAGUUUGAUUGGUUGUCAUCAUGACAUAUUGCCAAUUCGAUUGGCUAUUCAUCCUAACCUGGUGCCAGUUCGAGUGGUUGUCGUAGUAACCUACAUCCAGUUAUAAACUUGUCAUUUUAACUCAUUGACAGUUUCAAACUCAUAUCACUGAUCGUUAUUUUCAUAAUUGUAAGUCUUACGGCAAAAGAUAUGAAACCAUCCAAAACAUAUAUCUAGUAUUGAUGAUUUUUAUACUUAAUGUGAAGCCUUGGUUUCCAAAUAUACUUGAUGAACAUUUGUUAAAACCUUCACGUUAAGAUGCUACUGAUGUAUCAGGGUCAUCCCAAGAUUCUUAUUUGUAUUCAUCAAAAUAUUCACCAAUCUUCAAUUUCUUUUGUAAUUUACAGUAUAUAUUCACCAAAUACUGUUUGACAUUUCAGCCACUAAUAUUGGCCAACGACAGUGCGAGCCAUGUGUAUAACCAUGUCAUUUGUCAUCAAGAUAGAGUAUUUUUACAUAGACACAAACUAAUAUUGUCACAACUUACGCAGAUUGCUGCAGCAGACUUCUUAUAUGAAGCAAGACAUUUUUAAUGUCGGUUGUUACCCAACAUGUUUUACUUUCAUCCAUCUACUCAAGGACUCAGAGAGCAAGCAUAAUUUUAUUAUUUUUUGCAUCUUUGUGAUGUAUAUUGAGAUGCAUUUACUGUCAAACUUGUAUCACAUGAUUGACCUACUUAAAUUCACACAGUGUAAUAUUCUUAAUAUUAAAUUUUCAAAUAAAUGAAUAUACAUAUUCAUAUACAUAUAGAAAGCACAGACUGUUGGAGGAGGGGGUAAUUUUGUUUUACCAAUUUGUACAUUUUACUCUGGAUUCUCUAUGUACAUCUAAAUUCUUUAGAAGCCAUGUAAUUUCAAACUGUAUAAAUUUGUACUUUUUUUAUGUUAUGCUGAAUGAAUUUAAAUUAUAAUUAUAGUACCAUAAAUAAUAUAUAUAUAACAUACCAUAACAGACAAGCAAUUAUAGUUAAUGCAAUAAUAAUUUAAUGUGAAAUUGUUGAGUAACAGUUUGAUAGAAUCUUAUUUUUACAAUGUUGAGAAUAUUUGAAAUAUUUAAGUGUUUAGAGUAGAUAAUGUACUACCUGUGAUAGACCAUUUUCCAUUUUAUUUUGGCUGAAAUCUCUAUUCUAUUUUAUUUUGGCUGAAAUCUCUAUUCUAUUUUAUUUUGGCUGAAAUCUCUAUUCUAUUUUAUUUUGGCUGAAAUCUCUAUUCUAGAUCACAUAAAAAUACACUGCUAGUCAUAUUAAAACACUGAAAGACGGAAGUUUUUAAAAACUUUUGUGUAAUAUAACAAGUCAUUUAACAACAUCCAUUAUGAAAAAGAAAACCACAAGUAAGUAAUUGAAUUUAUUAUGUUUGUGAUUUACAUUAGCUAAUGAUGUUUAAAGACAGAGCUUUAUUGUUACAUGGUGCAAACAUUUCAUUAAAUGUUGUAUGUUUUAAUUAAUACCAGAGCAGAUUUUAUUACCACGUACUUGUAUUUUUAAUCUGGAGUUGACUGGAUUUUAUUAUAUGUUUUAAGUUUUACCAACUUGGGAUUUUACUCAUUUAUGUAUACUGUACCAUAAUAUUUUUUUAUGAACAAAUGUAAAAGUGGAUUUCUUUAAAGGUUUUACUUAAGCAGGACCGUAUGCAUGAGGGGUGUACCCACCAAAAUUACCAAAGGUCUGCAUCUUUUCUAUCAAAUUGGUUUAUUUUUUAUUUUUUGUGUGUUUUUUUUUGCCAUUGUUGGUCCCAUCAUGAGGAAUUCGCACCCCCACCCCAUCCCCCAUUAAAAAUCCUGUGUAGGGCCUGUCAAGUAAAGUUAAUUUCAGGAAAUGAUUAAUAUUUUCUGAUUUUAUAGAGGAUAAUAACGGAGUUAAAAUUAUUAUAAAAUUUAAGUACAGAGUGAAAUAAGUUUCACUUGUCAGAAGCUUUGGCAAGUGACAAAUAAAAAUUAUUUCAUGAGGGACAUAAUUUUAAUAAUAACUGGUAUUCAUGUUGGUUUUUCUAGUUUAAUACCUCAGCUAUUUUUGUUUUCUCUAAAAGCCUUUUAUUUUCGAUAUCUAUACAUGUACAUGUAUAUAGAAAUGAUGUACUUUUACCACUUUACAAACUGUUCUGAUCAAUAUUGCAAUAACAUUGUAUUUGAUUCACAUUUGCAGAUAAUUUUCAAAAAAUAAAAGUUCUAUUUAUUCUGUAAAAGAAAUCUAUAAUGAAUUGUAUUAAAAUAACAUUUUAAACUACAUGUAUGUGACAUCGUUUGUGUGUUCACCCAGUCGUGAUGACAUCGUAUUUAGUACAAACAAGAUCAUUGGUUUGUAAGAGUCAAAUCGUCCAGUAAUAUUGUACAUUACACCAAUGCAUGAUAAUUUCUUAGUGAGAAAUGUUUUAUUUUUAUUUGCCCGGUUAUGAGUGCCCUCUGGGGUAAGAAAUUCAUGUAUUUUGUACUGAAAGAACUUGGUGCUGUGUUUGGGGUGCUUCUUUUAAGUUGUUAUACAAUGUUACACUGUUAUACAUGUACAAUGUUAAGUAUUUUCUGGUGCCUGUUGAUGUAUAAAUUAUACACAAGCAUUGCCUGGACAUAUAAUGAUUAUUAAAGUAGUACAAGUGUCUUAUGAUUAAUGUAUAUGCGUCAUGUAGAAACCUGAUCAUCUAAUUAAUAGUGUAUCACUGAAUCAGUUGGUAUUUAUACCAGAAUUCUGUUAUAUAAGCGUAGUUACAGUUUGACUUUUGAUUCUUUAUCUCUCAGUGCUCACCCGAGAUGUGAUGAUCCACAGGAUCGAUUACCUUCAAUGGACUCGUGGGUUUUUCCCCCCAUCCCAGCCAGUACACCAUGAUUGGUACAUUAAAGUCUGGUAUGUACUGUCCUGUCUAUGGGAAAGUGCAUAUAAAAGAUCCCUUGCUGUUUUAUCAAUAGAAGUAGUCUGGUGGCAACGUGUUCUCUCUCUCUCUCUGUCUCUCUCUCUGUCAAUGUGCUCUAAUGGUGUUGUUAAACAAAACAAACUUUAACUCCGUCUGUCUGUGUGUGUGUGUCUCUCCCUCUCUGUCUGUCUGUC